AUGUUACAAAUUGCCCCAAAAUCAAACAAAAACCAAGAAAACAUCAACUCAAAAUUAGCUUUAACCAUUAAAUCAGGUAAAUACACCUUAGGUUAUAAAUCAGUUGUUAAAUCAUUAAGAACUGGUAAAGCAAAAUUAAUUAUUAUUGCUGCUAAUACUCCAGUUUUAAGAAAAUCUGAAUUAGAAUAUUAUGCUAUGUUAUCAAAAACUAGAGUUUAUUAUUUCCAAGGUGGUAACAAUGAAUUAGGUACUGUUUGUGGUAAAUUAUUCAGAGUUGGUACUUUAUCAAUUUUAGAUGCUGGUGAUUCAGAUAUUUUAACUUCAGUUUAA